AUGUCCUCGCCAGCACCUCUCCUCCGGCCUCCCGUCCCUAGCUCUCGCUCCAAUGGCGGUGCUCGAACUCCCAGAUUAGGCCUCGCCAUUCCACCUUCACCCACCGCCAGACCCGUCAAUGGCGCUGCUACCCGCCCACCAGGUCUCUCGCUACAGAUGCCUAGCAUACCAUCUAGACCAGCCCUACCUCGAUUACAACUAGCUACCCCGAUGGGGACUAGUCAGGCGCCGUACGAGCAACCGCCUUUACAAAAUGGCCGUCCCAGUGUACAGGGUACUACGGGCUAUGCAGCGAGUGGAGGAAGUGAGAGCAGUGCUCCAAAUUCGAGGUCGGGAAGCUCCGCUCCGUCAGACGGUCGAGCCAGUGGGCCCACAUCGGCAGGCUCACAAUUCUCUGCGUUUUCUCUGGCAUCUCAGUAUGGGUUACAGCCGCAAGGUACGCCCGACCCAUCAUCAGCUGUGGGCUCUCUAUAUUCAGAGCGUAGCGAAGGUGGGGUGGUACCGGAUCGAGAUGGAGGCAUGACCGGACUCGAAGCAUUCGACAAAUUGAGCUUAGAGCGGGGGAGAACACUCGACGUGGAAGAACUGGACGAUGACGGCUGGCGUGUAGCAAGCAUGGAGAAACGCAUUGAGGAAAUAAGCAGCUUAGGAGAAGGGGCCGGAGGUGCAGUUACAAAAUGCGUUCUGAAAGGCGGCAAGACAAUAUUUGCUCUCAAGAUCAUCACAACAAACCCUGAUCCGGAUGUCAAGAAGCAGAUCGUCCGCGAACUAGGCUUCAAUAAAGACUGCGCCAGCGAGCACAUCUGCCGCUACUACGGCGCCUUCGUCGAGCCCUCAACCGCCACCAUCUCCAUCGCAAUGGAGUUUUGCGAAGGCGGUUCCCUUGACAGCAUCUACCGCGAAGUAAAGAAGCUCGGUGGGCGCACCGGCGAGAAAGUACUUGGCAAGAUAUCCGAAGGCGUUUUGAACGGCCUGACAUAUCUCCACGGCAAGAAAAUCAUCCACAGAGACAUCAAACCAAGCAAUAUCUUGCUAUGCCGCAACGGCCAAGUCAAGCUGUGUGAUUUUGGGGUGAGUGGCGAAUUUGGAACGAAAGGGGACGCGAAUACAUUUAUCGGGACGUCGUAUUACAUGGCACCUGAACGGAUUACGGGACAAUCUUAUACCAUCACCUCCGACGUGUGGUCGACAGGCGUUACUUUGCUGGAAGUCGCACAGCAUCGCUUCCCGUUCCCAGCGGACGGCACGGAGAUGCAGCCCAGGGCUGGUCUUAUCGAUCUACUGACUUACAUCGUGCGGCAGCCGAUUCCGAAGCUCAAGGAUGAGCCGGACGCAGGGAUAAAGUGGACGGAUAACUUUAAAUAUUUCAUUGAGUGCUGCCUUGAGAAGGAACCCUCCCGCCGCGCUUCCCCCUGGCGCAUGCUCGAGCACCCCUGGAUGAUCGAGAUGCGUUCCAAGCGCGUCAACAUGUCGCACUUCCUUUCCACCGUUUGGGGCUGGGAGGAGAAAAAGGAGAAGGAGCGGGAGCGCAAAUGA